AAAAAAACAAGAAAAGUUCCAAAUAAUUUUCUAUAAAGAAGUUAGGUUUUUUUCUUUUGUUCCUUCUCUUUUUAACUGAGAGUAAGUAAUCAAGCAAUGAGGUACGCUCGGGGUGACAGUCCUUCUAUGGUGGAAAAUUGUAAAUUCGAAAUUUGUUAUCCCAAAACCAAAUGUCUUCAUGGAAGUCGAAAUAUCUUACAACAAGUUUGGUAUAAAGCCGCUGUCGUGAAAGAAGCGCCAAAGAAUUCCAAAUCUAGAGGCCGUGUACUCUGCGUUCGGUUGCUCAAGGAUGAUUUUUCUACUCCUCUUUCGCAAUUUCGGACAAUAUCUUCAGUGAUUCAACCGGUUCCUCCCAGAAGCUGCCGAGAUGAUUUUGGUAUAGGCUUCAUCGUCCAGGCUGAUUACAAAAAUGCGUGGGUGACUGGUUUUGUAGUCAAGAAGAUUGAUGUCGACAACUAUUUGGUGUGUUUUGUUUCACCGCCUGAUGUCAUUCAGUUUGAUAGAAAGCAUUUGAGGCUUCAUCUUGAUUGGCUCGAUCAGAGGAGAGACAAAUGUUGGCUCAUACAACCAAAACUUAAUAAUGAGUUCUUGAGGCGGUUAGCUAAGCAGCCUAUGUUUAGUCCUGGAACAAUGGUGGAAGUGAGCUCUAAGAUUAAUGAAACUGAAGUCGUCUGGCUUCCUGCAAUGGUUAUUAAAGAGUUUAAGGGUGAUGACGGUGAUGCUGAUGCCAAUGAUAAUAACGAUGAUGAUAAUGAUGAUGAUGACGAUGAUGAUGCUGAUGAUGAUGAAAAUCAUGACGCUGAAAAUGAUGAUGAUGAGUAUAAGUAUAUUGUCAAUAUCAGGGUCUGUGAUAAGUCCUUGAGUAAUAAGGCAAGACCCAACAAAAUCGUUGAUUUCCGUAAUCUUAGGCCUACUCCGCCUUCUAUUUCGGUUGAUGAGUAUCAAUCUGAGGAGCACGUAGAGGUGUUUCAUUGUGAUAUGGGAUGGCGUCAAGGACGAGUGAUGCGAACUCUCCCUCAGAAACGGUAUACAGUGCUUUUAGAGGCUACCAAAAUGGAAUUGGCAUUCAAUCACUGGGAUCUUAGACCUUUAAAGGUGUGGGAAGAUGGUGUUUGGAAGACAAGGGAAUCGUCGUUAACACAGGGAUCAGGAGAUGAUACGGGUGAUUCUGUGAUGAAUGCAAAUGAAUCUGAUCCACCUUUAACUCCACCUCCGGGCAUCACUACACCACAGUUGACACAAGUAGAGGCUGAAACUCAAAGAAAGGCACUCCCCAAGAAGACACUUCCAAGGAAUCAGAAUGGCUCGGCAGACGAGUCAAUACAAGAAAAUGGAAGUAGCGAAGAUAUUAAUCGAAAGAGGAAAAGAGAAGAGGAGCUUUGUUCUGUUGCUUGUGCUGAGGAAGACAAAGCGAAGGAUACAACAAUGGUUUUGCCUUUUGAGAAGAAGUUACCAAUUUGGAAGACACUAGAGUCGAUGGAGGUUUUUAAAACUGUCCCACAAAGUCCUCAUUUCAGCCCAUUGGCAGAGUCUAGAGAAGAUUACCGUGAAAUGUCUGCAGUUGGUAUGAUGCUUACCUUUUCUGGUUUACUUGAUGAAGUCAAAGCUCUGCAACAAGAAGAUCCCAUAAGCUCACUAUUAAGCCUCAGUGAUUCCUUCUCCAAGUUAGAGAAACACGGGUUCAAUGUAAAAGCACCUCAGUUACGGAUCAGUAAGCUGCUGUCUCUCAGAGAUAGGCAGUCAAAGAAAACGGAUGAACUCAAAAGUGCCGAGAAAGCAGCUGUAGAGAAAGAGAGGGUACUGGUUGAGAAUGAGCGCAAGAUUCGCGAGCUGCAGAGGCUGAAUGAAAACACGGAGAAAGAGAUAGCUGAGAGUAAAUCAUGUGCAGCAAAGAUUGUCCAACAGCUUGAUGAUGUGAAGCUUGACAUUCAGACAACUGCAUCAGCUCCAUGGUAGAUAGUUAAUAUGACCUCUAAUCUAAGCUAAUCUCUAGUAUGUAUAUGAAAACUUUAGAUUAUAUGUAAUUGGAAAAGACUUCGUUGGCCCUUUUGAUGAUGAAUGAUGAUGUUUAGUGUUAACUAGUUUAAUUAA